AUGGCUUUGAUUGAAAUUAAGUUGAGCCGCAGACUUCGCCCAUUCUCAAUGCAGGAUGCGCCACGUAUUUGGACGGAAUGCAUGAAAGGGGAAUCUUCGAUCGCUAUGAUGAUGCUAAUCGAUCAGAUUCCAUCAAAAAUCGUUGACGGUCAUGGUUUUCGUAGUCUGAUGAGUUUUCUUUUACCUGACUAUCCAAUGCCAUCAGCAGAGCUGUUCGAAUCCACAAUUUGCCCAGAAGUGAUCACGCAAAUACAACCGCAUCUUGCCAAUCUAUUCAGUACCAACAACCCUCUCUCGGAUCCAUUCGAAUCGCUGAUGCAAGUACUGAAGAAACGUCAAGGCACUGGUGAUGACUGUCAUACUGUCAACUUCGAUGGAAAUGUUUCCAAGUCUUCGAAAAGGGAUGAAGACAGUGACAGUUCGUGUUCAGUAGAAGUGGAAAGCGCUUUGUCACCACAAAUCGAAGCAUUCACCGAUUAUGUAGGACGAUUUUCUUUUGCUAAGGACGAACUCCAUUCACUUCUCACUGUCUGUCACAGUGUGUUCGGCUAUUUUGAGGAUCGACCCGCUCUGAUGACUGAGUUGUCGCUGACGACGCCCACAUUGGAGCCCACACAACCGCAACUGCUUCGUGACGUACUCUUUGUCGCUGAACAUGCCGACCGUAUCAAUGCUUACAUUCGUGCCACACCCGAUAUGGCGCUGCUCCCGAUCUCUGACGCUCAGUUCCAAACCUUAACCGAACUCGUCCGACUUGUACGGAAAAUCUAA